AUGAAUCCCACCACUAGCGUCGCUGCAGACCCUCCACCACCACCAUCAUCAUCAUCAUCAUCAGACAAAAGCCCAGGGAGGAGGAGGAAGAGGAGGCAGCAGCAGCAGCAGCACCGGGCUCCCUCACCGGCUACAGCCCAGGCACGGGCAAACAACCGAGCUCAGAGACAGCCAGGCCGGUCCCUAUCUCCUCCUCUCACCGCCGGCAGGAGCGUCAACCCCGGGGAGAAGGAGCCGCUGAGGUCCGCUGACGGAAGGGAGAGGGAGCCCGAGAGCCGCGGAGGGGCAGCUGUUCACCCGGAUGGUGCUGAAGCUGGUGGAGUCGGAGGAGCAAACAGGGCGGAUGCUGUCGAGGAGGAUCCGAUAAAUCUACCCGAACCGGCCCGUCGCUCCACUUUACGUCUCCCCUGCUGUAAAGCCGACUCCACCCGGCGUUUCCCCCCAGAAAGAGCCUCCUCCUCCCCUUCUCCGGUAGCGGAGGUUCGAGGAAGGAAAGCCGGGGAAGACAGCAAGAGAGGCGGCGUGUCGGUGGGCUGCGGCCCGGGCCUCGGUUUGGGUUUGUGCAGAGGAGGAUGCUUCCAGGCUGAGCUGAUCCAGUACCAUCUGCAGAAGACUCUAAAAAGACGAAGGGCGAGGAUGCAAACCAAGACCGAUAACAUGGGGACCGAGGAGGCCGCUGUGGGGGAGCAGGAGCCGGCUGCAGAGGCGACAGAGGCGGGGUCCGUGACACAGCAAGACCAGGGAGAGGACCAGGCCUUCGAAGACGAGAUGGAGAGACUGAUCGAUGAAAAUGAGGAUCUAAAGGUUCGAUUCCUCCCUUUUUUAUAGACAUUAAGUUAUUUUUAUGUAGACCACAAACUGUCACAUCAUUAGAUUAAAAGACCAGCUGGAAAAUAGUCAAUAUUUGUUCAUUAGGAUCAGAUUUUUUGGAGUAAAUCUUGAGUUUUUGGUCAAAUCACUGACUGAUAGAUGUCUGAUAAACACCCUUUAACAGAAGGCUAUAAACCUAGAGCCACAGAUGACUAACUACUUAUUGAUUACACUGAUAUUGAUCUGCUAAAAUCAAUGAUUUUGUUUGAAAAUGAGGGACAACCACAGCUAUUGAGAUUUGCACGUUAUGUCACGUCAUGGUGGCGGUUGCAGAGAGUGUGUCCCAGUUAUAAGAGUCAAGUUGACAUCCAAUCAGAGGUCAUAUGGGUGCGUUUGAUUUCUUAAUUUCUACAUGAACACUUAAAAACUACAGGUAAUAUGAUUAACUUCACAAGUAGAGUCAAAAAAACAGAUUUUGGAAACCUCGAAUCAACUUCUCUGUGCACCCACCAGUGUGAAAUCGAGGAGAUGAGGGCAGAGAUGGACGAGAUGCGAGACACGUUCUACGAGGAGGACACUUGUCAGCUGCAGGAGAUGAGGCGUGAGCUGGAGAGGGCCAAUAAGAACUGUCGGAUCCUGCAGUACCGUCUAAGAAAGGCGGAGAGGAAGAGGCUGCGCUAUGCCCAGACCGGAGAGAUCGAUGAGGAGCUGCUCAGGAGUCUGGAGCAAGACCUGAAGGUACAGAAAAGAGGAGCGGCUGUUGUGGUUCAAACCUGAAUAUUCAUAGUUUUUACAUCACAACACUCAAUCCUCUGCAGGUAGCGAAAGACGUGUCGGUAAGACUGCAUCACGAGCUGGAAAAGGUGGAAGAGAAACGCACAAAAACGGAGGAUGAGAACGAAAAACUGCGACAGAAGCUGAUCGAGGUGGAAGUGACCAAACAAGCCUUGCAGAACGAACUAGACAAAACCAAAGAGGUGAGUCACCGACGUCUGCGAACAACACAUCCAUCAAUAUUUGAUGUGUUUGAACUUAUCGGCCUUGAAAAUAUCAUUAAAACAGAGUGAGAGUGGUAUGAAUACACACGCUGUUGUAUAUAUUGAUUAAAAAAUGAGUUUUCUUUUUACUUCACUGCCCUGAAACAGUCUCAAAAAAGAAGAGGAAGCAAGGAGGUCCAGAAGACGGAUAGAAAAUCUGCACAGACUCCCACUGAGGUGAGAAUACUAAAGAGUUCCUGUAAUUUUUCUGGUGUUAUUGACAAUCACAUCGCACAAGAUCAGAAAAAUAAAUCAUGAAGAUCAUCGACUGCUCUGUACGGCUCACUAAAAGGAUAAUCUAAUCUGAAAAGAUCGUCUUUUUCUCGCCUACUUUCGUCCUUUUUUCUCCAAAAGUGCUUUCUCCAGACUCCACUUAUCGAAGUGAGUAUUAAACCUGAAGGCCACCUCUUUCCUUUUAUGAUUUCCUCACUUAUCUUGCUUUUAAACUGAGGCUACACCAGGUCAAAGCAGGAGCAUCUAAAAGGAAGAUAAAUCUAAAAGAAAGCUGAGAGUUUUCUGAGCCUCAGUCGUUUCUUAAGACUCAGCGUUUUGGUUUUAAACGCAACAAAAUCUUCUCUUUAAUCCUAAAUCCCCCCAUCUUCUCGAAACCAACCUUGUGAACUUCAGGAUUAAGUUGUGACUAUUUCUGCUUCAAUGCGCUCCAGCAUCUUACGCAAGUCUGAGCGUGUGUCUCUGAUUUUAGGAGGACAACGAAGACCUUAAGUGCCAGCUCGCUUUCAUCAAAGAGGAAGCGGUGCUCAUGAGGAAGAAGACGGCCAAAAUCGACAAAGAGAAAGACCGCCUGGAGCAAGAGCUGCAAAAGUACCGCUCCUUCUACGGAGAACUGGACAGCACCCAUCCUAAAGGAGAGGCAGGGGGUCCUCCCACCACCCGGGAGUCGGAGCUGAAGUUACGGCUCCGCCUAGUGGAGGAGGAGGCCAACAUCCUCGGGAGGAAAAUCGUGGAAUUGGAGGUAAAGAUGCGUCUAUCAUAGGAAAUAUGCUUCAGUUUGAGUUGUGUGAGUCUAAGGUUUCCUCCGUCUAUCCCUCAGGUGGAGAACCGCGGUCUGAGGGCCGAGCUUGACGACCUCCGUGGCGAAGGAGAGGGUGCUGGGAGCUCUGGGUGCGGAGCGAUGGGUGGGACAGGUGCAGGACGAGGCCUCGGCGAUGAUCUGACGGAGCUCCGACAGCAGCUGCAGCUGGUAGAGGACGAGGCCGAGCUGCUGCGGAGGAACCUGGCGGACGCCGAAGACCAAAACAAGAGAGUGACGGCCGAGCUGAAUAAGUUACGGUUCAAAGCUGGAACCCACGAAGGAGGCGCCAGACACGGGGGAGGAGCAGGAGGAGGAGGCACGGGGAUUGAUGCAGCAAAGGUGGAAGCUUUGCAGGAGGAGUUGAAGGCAGCAAGACUUCAAAUAAACGACCUCAGUGGAAAGGUAGGAAAAAAAACAACAUGGUGAACAUGGGGGAGCGGGGUCAGACCUGAUGACUCCUCUUUGUCUCUUCCUCAGGUGAUGCAGCUGCAGUACGAGAACCGAGUGCUCCUCUCCAACAUGCAGCGCUAUGACCUCGCCUCCCAUCUCUCCCUGAGGCCCAGCCCGCGAGACAGCGACGCCGAGAGCGACGCCGGCGGUGCUACGAGUGGUCGCAGAGAGAGCGACGAGGACUCGACUUCCUCCCGCCUCCUUCCACCGCACCGCAAACGUGAAGGUCCGGUGGGAGGGGAGAGUGACUCUGAUGAGGUCAGAAACAAUAACGGCAGCAGCCGCUGCAUGACGCCGACCCGAAGCCUCUACACCCCCCCUGGACCUGAGGGCGCCGCCUCCUCCCCGUUAGCACGCUUCCUGCCCGGUGGACGGUGCAGUCUGCGCGACAGGCAGCAGAUGAUCGACAUACGUGUGGAAGCGGAGAGGCUGGUGCGGACCAUCGACCGGCUGAUCGCCGAUACAGCCACGGUCAUCUCAGAGGCGAGGGUCUACGUUUCAAACGGGGACCUGAUGUUCGGUAUAGGGGAGGAGGGAGCAGAGGAUGAUGGGAGCAGGAUCAGGGAACACGAGCUGCUUUAUCGCAUCAACGCUCAGAUGAAGGCCUUCAGGAAAGAGCUGCAGGCCUUCAUCGACCGACUGGAAGUGCCGAGGCUGGAGGACAGGGAGGCAGACGAGCCGCUGUCUGUGAGUUUGAAAAGAAAGAAACAUAUCUGAGUAUCCUGGUCGCCUGUGAAAUAUCUCAAAAACACUGACUCUGUUUCUUCCUUUUCUCCACUUAAUCCGACCUUGUUUCUCUCAUUUGUUACGGUUCGUCAUCCUCCAGAUGUUCCAGCCGAUCAUUUUGCUCAUCCUCAUACUUGUGUUGUUCUCGUCCCUCUCUUACGCCACCAUCUUUAAACUAGUCUUUCUUUUUACUCUUUUCUUUGUCCUGUGA